UUGUAUGGACAUUUUUAACCCUGUAGAUGUCAGUGUGUCAUAAACCUGAUCAACGCCACUCUCAUCACCUCGGAUUAUAAAGUUUUUCAGUUUUGUUUUAUUUUAUUUAUUUUUUUUUUUUUUUUAGAAACGGUGUUAUUUGUCAAACGUCCAUCGACUGAAACGACUAGUGAUUCAGAAGCACAAUUACACUCACCUGUGUGAACUCACCUGUGUCAUGAGGUUUCUCUUUCUGAUCAUGGAUUGGGGUUCAGAUCUUUGGGACCAGCAUGACGUGAUUGAAAGACACACUCAGAGCGGACUGGAUCUGCUGGAUCGAUACGUGAAGUUUGUCAAAGACAGAGCCGAGAUUGAGCAGAAUUACGCCAAACAGCUCAGGAAUCUCAGUAAGAAAUAUUCCAGACGAGGCAUCAAAGAAGAUCAGGACACAAAGUUGACCAAUCAGCAGGCGUUUCAGGAGGUGCUGAAUGAGCUGAACGAGUACGCGGGUCAGAGAGAGCAGCUGUCCGAGAGCAUGACGCUGAGCAUCUGUGUGGAGCUCAGCAGAAACCUGCAGGAGCUGCGGCUGGAGCGCAAGAACUGUCUGUGUGAAGUUAAGAAGGCUCAGCAGAACCUGGAGACGUCCUUCAAACAGCUGGAGAUUAGUAAGAAGCGUUUUGAGAAGGAAUGGAAAGAAGCAGAAAAGGCCAAUCAGCAAACAGAGAAAGUGCAGCAGGACAUAAACUCGACUAAAGCAGACGUGGACAAGGUACAAGAAACCCCACACACUUCAUAUCACCUGUGCUGUGGGUUUGAUGAUGCAUCACGUGUGUGUGUGUGUGUGUGUGUGUUUCAGGCCAAACAGCACGCACACGCUCGCGUCCACAUCGCGGACGAGAGUAAGAACGAAUACGCUUCACAACUCCAGAGAUACAACAAGGACCAAAACAGCCUGUACCACUCAGAGAUUCCCUCCGUGUUUAAGAAGCUGCAGGAGCUGGAGGAGCGGCGCAUCCGGCUGCUGGCCGGCGGAUAUGUGCAGUUCUCCGAAACCGAGAAGAACAUCCUGCCAAACAUCAACAAGUGUUUGGACUCGAUCAUCAGCACCGGGAGGAAGAUCGACGAGAAACAAGACACACUGGCUCUCAUAGAGCAGUAUAGAUCAGGCGCGGCGCCCCCUGCUGACGUGGAGUUUGAGGAUUACAGUCAGGGAGUCAAACCUGCGGCGUCUGACAGCGCGCCGCACCUGCCGAAAGUCCGCAUCAAACAACUGUUUAAGAAAAACAAGGUGACGUCUCCUGAUAAAAACAUGCCGUCUUUGGUGGAGGAUUUCUCCCGUCUUCCUCCGGAUCAGAGACGGAGACGUUUGCAGGACAAGAUGGAUGACAUACAGAAGGAGCUGCAGAGAGAGACGGAGCAGAGCGAGGCUCUGAAGAAGAUGAAGGGUGUUUAUGAGCAGAACUCGCAGCUCGGAGACCCGUCCAGCCUUCAGCCUCAGAUCACACAGACCGCCCAUAACAUCGCCCGACUCAGAGGAGAGCUCAGCAAAUAUCAGGUUCAGCUGACUGAAGCCGGCGGCGAGACGCUUCAGUUCUCUCCUGCCAGUUCGGAGUAUAUCGCUGUGCUGAGCGAGUCCAGCGUGUCUCCGUCAGAUAACAUCUAUGAGUGCGGAUUUGAUGAGGACUUUGACGUGGACGUUCCCAUCGGACAGUGUAAAGCGCUCUAUGACUUUGACGGCAGCAGCGAGGGCGCCGUGUCCAUGCAGGUGGGUGAGCAGCUGAGUCUGAUGGACGAGGAUCAGGGCGACGGCUGGGUCCGAGUUCAGAGAGCCAAUGGAGACGUGGGAUAUGUGCCGGCGUCCUACAUCAAGAUCAUCUGAUCAGCUGCCUUAACUGAUAUCAUGUGACUUGGUCACUCCAUGUACUCGUUUGUUUUUAUAUUAUUAGGGGGAGUGUUUUUACUUUCAUGUUGCACAUUUUUUGUUCUCUUUCUUUUCUCUCAGUAUGUUUCUGCUGGUGAUUUUCUGCGCAUUUGUAGUUUUAAAGAUCAUGUUCAUUGUCUUUUCCUGUUGUUUAAUUAUUGCAAUUUGAGCAGAAGUCUUCGUAUCAAAUUGAGAACAGUCAUGUGUGCUCAAGCGUUUGACUCUGGUACUGUGUGCCACAGUGAUCAAUGACUGUCAUGUUAAAGGUCUGUUCACCAGAAUAACUGUUACUGUUAGCUGUUAGCCUCUACACUGACACACAAUCAUGUUCUGUUUAUUCUGAUUGGCUGUCAAUGUUUUACCGUUGAUCGGCUGGAUAAAAAAAAACUCUUUUAAAGUGUGUUCCUCUAAUAAUUAUCAUUAUAGUUUUUUUGCUAUUCUUUUAUUAUGCCCAUUUACAAAAAGAAGAACGAUAACUAUAAAGAGAAUUCAGUUUCAGUAACUUUUUUUUAAUAGAAAUUUGUCUACUUUGAUAACUUUACAAACCCUUGAAAAUGUUCUGUGUACGUCGUCUGCCAUUUUAAAUACUGGAGCAGGAUGGAUUCUGAUUGACGGUCAGUGUUUUCAUCGUUCAAACAAUAUAUCGUUCCUCUGUGUUGAUGUUAUAGUUGUAAAAUCUGCUAUUCUUAAUUUUUUCUUUUAUCGUCCUUGUUGUGAACGGGCCUUUAGAGCGAUUACUUAAACUCUGUUGUGAACGGCCCAAAGGUGUUUAACAUUUAGAUUUUAAAUUAAAACCAAGAAUGUUUUAAAA